AUGACACUCCAUUACUCUCGUUCAGAUCUUUUGGCUCUGAGCCUGAGGCCUACCCCCAGGCUCAUGCCUGGCAACUACAGAAUUUUCAGAGACCUUUGUCUGCUUGUGAGAAUGUCAACAAGCCGAUCACGCCGAAAGAAAAAGAAACGAUGUGAGAAGUUGCUUAGUGAUACUGAUGCCAAACUUUUCUUAGUAAAUGCAAGGGACCUCCGCAAUUUCUCUUCCUGCACUAAAAUUACCCGUCUACUCGCUGCGUCUUGUCCUGACCUGCUGGCGGUAACUGAGACUUGGUUUACUGAUGCUGCUGGCGACCAUGACGCCAGGUCUGUCUGCCCGCGCGGCUACUCAGCAGUGCAGAAGCCUAGAAACCUGGUUCUAACGAAAAAGAAGAGUGGUGGUGGUUUGGCUCUCUUCCACAAAAACUCAGUCAAAGUGACAGUAUUGUCUGAGUUCCCUGAUUUUCUUUCUUUCGAGUGCCUUGACCUUAGUGUUGCGAUCAAAUCUACAAAAGUCCGUCUCAUCGUCAUCUACAGACCACCGGAUAAAUCACGCGCCCAAUUCAUUGAAGAAUUCUCUUCUCUACUGGAAUCUACAGUUUCAGUCUCCUCGAAGCUAUUGAUCACCGGAGACUUCAAUCUUCAUGUCGACGCUCCAAUCACCGACGCGUAUGCCAAUCAUUUUCUGACUCUCGUCGAGUCUUUUGGCUUGCAGCAACACGUGAACCAACCCACACACAACGAUGAUCACAUUCUCGACUUGGUUCUCUCCCGUCAGUCGGAAUCCCUGGUGAAAUCCACUCACGUUGAUGACAGCUUAGGUCGGAAUAUCUCUGAUCACUCUGCUAUCAAGUGUGUGCUCAACAUCCGACCUCCCCGUUGGCCGACUAAGACCAUCACCUUCAGGUCGUUCAAGUCCAUUGACUUGGACGCUUUUCUCUUGGACAUUGACUCUCUUCCGUUGGUACAGUCUCCAUCCGACUCACUGGAUGGCCUUGUCACCCAGUACAACGAUGGCAUCCGCUCCACUAUCGAUCAACAUGCUCCUCUUCAGACGAAAACCAUUGUUCUCCGUCCUUCUGCUCCUUGGAGAUCCUUUGAAAUCCGAGGCCUUAAAGCGAUGGCACGAUGGGCUGAGCGAAUGUGGCAGGCUGCUAGGAGAAAACGCGACCCAGCCAGUGAACGAUUCCACAAAGUCUACAGAAAACACCGAUUAAAGUACUCUACUACUCUUGACGCCGCCAGAACCGAUUCAGUUCGGGAACGUGUGUCUGACUGUGGUGGCGAUAUGCGCGCACUUUUUCAACUGGUUGGCGACUUAACUGGCUCAUCCUCACCCCCGGUUCUUCCAGAUCGUCCCUGCAUGCAGGAAGUUGUCGACGACCUAAGCGAAUUCUUCUCGUCUAAAAUCUCUACAAUACGAUCGAAUUUGGACCGUGUGGCUGAGUCUACCUCGUCUCACACACUUCAGCACGAGCAGUCCUUCCUUCAGCUACAUGAAGAAAACGACCUGCUCAAGUUUCGAUCUGUGUCCACUGCGGAGGUGUCCAAACUUAUUGAAUCGUCGCCAACGAAGUCGUGUUCCUUGGACCCACUACCAACUCAACUACUCAAGAAGUGCCUCGUGGUCCUAGUUAGACCAAUAACCGACAUAAUCAACCUUUCCCUUUCUACUGGCGCUUUUCCUUCCAGUCUGAAACAUGGCAUCAUCACGCCUCUCCUGAAAAAACCAACUCUUGACCGGAACGUACUAGGCAACUUUCGUCCAGUAUCAAACCUUUCAUUUCUUUCGAAACUGAUCGAGAGAGCUGUUCUCAUGUUGCUGACUGAACACUUGUCUAAGUUCCACCUACUUCCGGUACACCAAUCAGCCUACAGAGCCAACCAUUCAACUGAGACAGCCCUACUCUCCUUAUUUGAUGACCUUCUCACCACAGCAGAUCAAAAAGACGCAAGUGCUCUUGUUCUUCUCGACCUGUCUGCGGCAUUCGACACAAUUGACCACCAAAUACUGCUUGAGAGACUGUCCCACUGUUUCGGCCUUUCUAGCACCGCUGUCAACUGGUUCUCAUCAUACUUAAGCAAUAGAACGCAGUCCGUCCAUGUUGGUGCAUAUACAUCUGCUAGCGUUCAUCUUUUGUUUGGCGUAGCACAAGGCUCCGUACUCGGCGGCCCACUGUUCAUCAUGUACGUCACACCUUUUUCUGAGGCUACGAAAACUGAAGGCGUGCAAGUUAGUCAGUUUUCAGAUGACAAGCAGGCACGCUCACGUUUCGCUCUCAAGGAGGAUUUCUCCUCCCAGUCUCAGUGUCGCACCCGCCUUGGCUGCUGGUUCGAAAAGACCGACGCCUGGCUCACCAUCAACCGCGUCCAGCUCAACAUUCCUAAAAGCACACUAAUCUACACAUACAACCCCGGUAAAGGCUCCACAACUCGUCACAUUGAUUCAACCCCUCUCCAGAUUGGAUCGUCACUAGUCCAGCCGUCCACAACGGCUUGUAACCUUGGUGUCAUCAUUGAUAGUCACCUGACAAUGGAAGCCCAAGUCAAGAAGACCUGCAGAGCCGCCAACUUUCAUCUCAGCAGGAUAAACAAGAUCCGUCGGUUUCUCGAUUUUUCCUCUGUCAAAUGUGUUGUGAAUGCUUUAGUUCUUUCUCGCCUCGAAUACUGCAAUUCUCUCUAUCUUAAUCUUCCAUCUUCUCUCUUGAAGCGCCUUCAGCGUGUCCAAAAUGCAGCGGUUCGUACGAUUUUUAAUCUUCGAAAACGUGAACAUGUGUCUAUACACCGCCAAUCUCUUCGCUGGCUUGAAAUCGCUGACCGUGCUAAACUCAAAGUUGCCUGUCUCACUUUUCGCUGCCUUAAUGGCUCAGCCCCUCCCUAUCUUUCUGAUCUCAUCUCCUGCUAUUCCCCAAGUCGUGAACUCCGCUCCGGCGAUAAAACUCUUCUCAUUUGCAAACCUUAUCGUCUCACUCUAUUCGGCAAACGAGCUUUCUCAUGCGCCGCCCCUCUUCUCUGGAAUAGUCUACCCGACCCUGUCAGACAAGCCCCGAACUUGAACACUUUUCGUUCUCUUGUAAUUCGUCACCUUCUGUCCAAAAACUGUAACUAA